AUGGCGGAAUUUGCAGCACAUUUAAACCAAGGAACGGCAAAUGCAAACCCUACGAUAUUUGAGAUAGUCGCCCAAGAAUCUAUGGCGACAGUCCUUAGACCUGCUGUUUCUUAUGGCUUGAAAGUUUUAGCAACCUCAAAUCCCGACAGAUGGGGCUGGUUAUGGCGUGUAGGCGACGAGUUGUACGUCAUUUUAGAUUACAUUGUCCAGAAUCACUACCUGAAAAACUUCGGAGGGUCAAUCUCGGAACACUUUUAUGGUCUUAAAAGAGUGUUCAACGUUGAAAAUGGAGAGAGCAGUGGAGGGAUUUCAAAUUAUCACAGAUACUUGUCGUUAAUAAUGCUUGUUGCGGUUCCUUAUGCAAAACUCAAACUUGAUCAACUUUUCGAACGAAUAAGGGAAGAAAAUGUGACCGGAUAUCUAGCCUCCUACUCUUCCAGAAAACGCUCAUAUUUCCUUCAGCUGAAGAGAGUAUUUAUCUAUGUUUAUCCCUGGUUACAUUUUACUGGGGAAACAGCGAUACUGUCUUAUUAUCUGUUGUACAUUUUCAAGUUUUGUAAUGUUCAUUCUCCUCUACUGCACGUCAUUGGAGUCUCACUUCAAAGGCUUACAAGACAAGAUAUGCUUGCACACAGCAUGCAGAAUGUCAAUACUGGCGUAUUCAGUGGAAAGACAUUAACUGAAAGAAUAUCAGCCAUUCCAAGAUCACUAGCACAUUUGCUGGCAUCAGUUUUAGCUAAUGGUCUCCCAGUCAUUGUAUUCUUUUUGAAGUUUAUAGACUGGUGGUAUUCAAGUGAGAACAAGGGAGCAGUUCAAGCUGUUACACAAUUACCAAUUCCACCCCCACCUCCUCAACCUAAGGUAAAGUACUAUUUUUGUUAGUUCUAUCAUAGUUAGUUAAAUAUUAUUGGAGUGGUUGGGAAACCCUUUGCAGUGCUGUCAACUCUCCCGGAUAAUCCAGGACACUCCAGUUUUUGGACCGUAUCCCGCGGUCUCCAGAUUAGAGUAUGAAAUCUCCUGGACAUUAAGUUGUACACUCAACUGUCCGACAAUAAACUUUUAAAUAUUUUGGGUUGUUUGAGCUAUUUUACUGUUAACAUCAAACGUUUCCUUGUAAACUUCUGUAUGGUAUAUUUUGCCAUUGCAAUGUACGCAAUAGAGCGGUUUUGGUUUUGGUUUUGGUUUUACUACGCCCUUUGGUUGGCUAGUGUAUUUACUUUGGUUUUGGUUUUACGACAGUCAAGUGAAAACCGCUCUAACAUUGCAAAUUCAUGAUGAUCGGGUCAACUACUAUUUUUUGCACAAAUGACUUCAUGUACCAUGUGAUAUGAUGCCCCUAUGAAUUCUCAAUGUUUUAGGACGUGGGGGGUUGACAGCCCUGCCUUUGUUAUAAGGUUUUGUUAGAUUUUUGGACCUAACCGUGCACAAUGUUCAAUAGCAUUCCUAUCGUUUUGAAUUUACUGACCAAUAGAAGCAUUGCAUUCAUUUAUUCAGUCACAAAUUGUUAACAAAAAACAAAGGAUUGUGCACGGUCAAGGAGCUUCCAAUAUAUCCUACAGCACCAUUGUUUUCAACUAUGAUGUUUCACGGCUUUCCUAACCAGUCUCCUCUACUAACUACUAUUACUAUGGUUCUACUUGUUCAGGGCUCGAAAUUGCGACCGAUACGGUCGCAUUUGCGACUUAAUUUUUCUUACUUGCGACUAGAAAAACGAGAGUAGUCGCAAAUUUGCGACUAGGUUUUACCUUAACUGAUACGAAAUAAAAGGACUAGCACUUGAAUUUUUGCUUAAAUAAAUUUAGAAAUAAAAAGAUUCAUUGAAGUAGCGUCUUAUAAUUUUGUUACAAUCUGAAGGUUUACCGUAAUUUACCUGGAAUGCAUACACGCAACGAUAUUCCUUAACAGCACCCCAUUUUCAGUGGGUCUGUAAACAUGUCAAACAUGCACAUUGCAGGCUCAUAUUUCGUUUUGAUUUGCCGCUGACAGUCGUUAGUCACUGAGCAAGAUCGAAGGAACAGAAACAAGCAGAAAAACUGGAGUCACUAACUUUCGUUGGUAAAAAAUGAGUACUUAAGGCUUCAUUGUUUCUUCGUUUGACAGUAACGGUUAGUUUUAAAAAAAAGAUUUACAUGUAAAAUAAAUCGGUUCCAAGUGGGUUGCGAAUCUACGUAUACAUGAAAACGAGGUUUAGCAAACAAAGAUGGCGAAAGCUUAAUAUAUAAAAGAAUUCGUUACUUGUUUUGUCAUCGGUGGAAAACCUGCAAAAGGUAAAACUAAAGGAAUUUAGUUACGUAACGUAACCUAUAACCAUGUGGGAUGUCCGCCCAGUACAAAUGUUAUUGCCAUUUUGCAGAGAUUGGAGGCAUUUAAGAACUGCAGUUUCCUGCUGUAAUAUCUGUUCAUGAUUUGGAAAUCUAUCGUUUUGACUAAAAUAACAGACACUAAUUUAUGUGCCUUAACGCUGGUUCAACUUGAUCGUUUAGAUGAACUGGUGUUGUCCGAGAUGCUAAACGUUCUGUACUUUUAAGUCUCGAAAUGACAUGAAAGCUGUUGAAAGAAUGAAAAUUAAAGCGUUAAUCAUUUAAAAGCCUACUUAUUUCUUGAUUAAAUGACCUCAAUUAAUUUCGCGACUAACAUUUUCAAAGUUGCGACCAAAUUUUCGCAACUAGUCGCAAAUUUGCGACCAGACAUUUUUUUUAAUUUCGAGCCCUGUUGUUAUUGUUGUUUAACCCGGGGGGGGGGGUACUCUCAUAACUUAACUACAGGGGAGUGUCGCUGAGUCUUUAACACUCUGGACCUGUUCCAGGCAAAAAGAGAGGAAUUUGCACCACUGUUUCAGUCAAUUAGCAAAAACAAAAAUGCACACAACAUUGUUGUCAAGAAGUUGUUUGUUCUUUGGGCAGUGGAAUGUAUUUAAGCUUGAUCGAGAAUAAUAGGGGGUUCUCAAGGAAAAAAAUCUGACCCUCUUUUCCAGUCAGUGAAAAUGAAGUAAAAUACAGUCAUCUUCCAGAGAUGAAGGUUGAGUUUUAUACCCUGUUCCAGAGUCAGAGAGGCAAAAAGCAUAUCAUGUUGGGUGACACAGACAUACGGAAGGCCACAUAUGGAAGUACCACCUCUCUCGUGGGAUUGUUUUGCAGGUCUCCCAAAAUGGUUAUAAACAAGUCCCAGGAGAUAUUCUGAGUGGAAUUUUUCCUGAGGCUGAAGGGUAUAGAAUGGUAUCUUGAAAAACUUGAGUAUUGGAAAAUUUUGGUGUGAUCUCGAAACCUCAGAAGCAAGUGUCAAUUUUGAGUGAGUUUUGCAUCUUGGUAUCUUGCAUUUUUUGCCAACGGGUCUCAGAGUUUCAGAUUUGUCGUUUUUUUUCUUUCUGUUAGUCGAAUUUUUCAGAAUUCAUGGGCACAGCUUAUCGAACUGAGCUAGUUGUUUUUGAAAGGCAGUAAAACAAGACAAAGCAGUAUAUUCAUGGUAGGCUUCCACUGUGCUAGCUUCCAUUUCAGCAUUUUGAGUCAUUUUAUAUAGCUUUAUUUGUGCCACUCGAAAUUUUAAGCACUUAGUGUCUCAGUCUUGGAAUUUUUAGAAGUAAAGUCUCAGGUGUAGAACUGAUAAAAAUGCUUAAGUCUUGGUCUUGAAUUUACCAUUGUAUACCCCUAGGCUGAGAUGCAGCAACAGGGAAAAGGAAACUGCAUCAACUAUCAAAAUAAUGUAAUGCACCCUAAACUUAAGAUGAUCAAGGGGUUGAGAGAAGCAUUGUAAGACAAAGAAGGAUGGAGGAAGUAUACAGAAUAUCUACAAACAGCAUUUAUGCCAAAAUGAAUGGCUUGAUGUUGAAGUUCUCAAACCUUUGCCAUCUGUUUGUUUACUUAGAUGAUAGCUUUACUUCUUAUUGUCUUUCUUUAUCAAGUUGAGGGGGUCGGUGGGGAGGGUUAAUAAUUAUUGUCCACCCUGGAGUGGAGGUCGGGGAGUGCAAGUGCUUCACAUUCCAUAGGCUGCAUCCCUAAUAUUAACUCUCUUUGAAGAGGUAUUUAGUUCGCUUAAGGUGAUUUUUGUCUUUUUUCAGCCUGCCCAACAUGGCGUAAAGCUUCCACCACAUCCUGCCCAGUGUCCCCUUUGCAAGAAAGUUUGCACCAACCCAACAGCACUGUCAUCAUCUGGUUAUGUCUUCUGCUAUCCUUGUAUCUAUAAGUACUUAAACCAACAUGGUUGCUGUCCAGUCACUCAUCUGCCAAGUGCUUCAAAGCAACUUGUUAGACUGUAUGUUGAUGACACAAACUAG